CAAUUUCGGAAACUAUAUUAUUUGUUCCCAUCUUGCAUAUCAAUCAUCAUACUCUAUAAAAUAAGAAAUUAAUUCAUUAAACUAUGAAUCUUUUUUCUAAUUGAAUUGCGUUUAUUUCUAGUUAGCAUUUGUAAUAGUGUGUGAUUUGAUUGAAUGAACGAAGCAGGGCUGCCUAAAAAAAUUAAAUAGCAGUGAGAGUGAGUGAACAAGUGAACAGUUGUGGGUCUCAAUCAUCGGAGAUCUAUUAUUAUUAUUGAUGAUAAUUCUUUUGUGAAUCUUUUGCACAUAUCUUAUUAAUGAUUUAUUUUUGCAACUAUAGUUUUGAACUUUAUUCGAAAUCUGUAAUUUCGUGUAUCUCAUAGUUAACGUUGUAAAAUAAAACAAUUACCAGUGUAAUUGGACUCCAUAUUAACCUCCCCACCCAUUCAGCUCUGCGUAGUUGAACAAUAGUACGUGUCGGGAUAAUAAUUUAAAAAUGCAAGCCAUAAAGUGUGUGGUUGUUGGUGAUGGUGCCGUUGGUAAAACAUGUCUUCUUAUCAGCUACACAACUAAUGCCUUUCCGGGAGAAUAUAUACCUACAGUAUUCGACAAUUAUUCAGCAAAUGUGAUGGUUGAUGGCAAGCCGAUCAAUCUGGGACUAUGGGAUACAGCUGGUCAGGAAGAUUACGACAGGUUACGACCACUGUCUUACCCACAAACGGAUGUAUUUUUAAUAUGCUUCUCACUUGUAAAUCCUGCUUCAUUCGAAAACGUCAGAGCUAAGUGGUACCCUGAAGUUAGACAUCACUGCCCUACCACACCCAUAAUUCUUGUCGGAACAAAGCUGGAUCUGCGCGAGGACAAAGAAACAAUCGAAAAACUGAAAGAAAAGAAGCUUCAGCCAAUCACCUAUCCCAUGGGCUUGUCAAUGGCGAAAGAAAUCGGAGCCGUGAAGUACCUAGAAUGCAGCGCCCUCACCCAGAAGGGCCUCAAGACAGUUUUCGACGAGGCGAUUCGCGCCGUGCUCUGUCCCGUGCUGCAUGUACCGCACCGACGGAAAUGCGUCAUCGUCUAGAAACAGCACAAAACCGAGCGCAAAAAGAGAAAACAUAUAAGGUGAUCUAGCAAUUGUACGUUCGUAAUAUAAUAAUACAUUGUUGUCGUCAAUAGAGAGAGAGAAAGAGCAUCCACCUGUUCGAAAGUAAUUCAAUCAUUACCAAUCAACAAAUUUGUUGAUGAAAGUAAUGAUACUUUGUCUCCAAAGUUCAGCCAAACUAAAAGAGACUACUAUUAAAAUUGGUCCUAGAAAUAGAUAGUUGGUUGUUAUAAGUGAGGAGGAAGUCCAACUAUGAUAACUUAGUCUACCAUUCGCACAAUUUAUGUUAUGUUUAAAAUUAUUAUUAAUAUUAUAUUGAAAAUCUUCGAGUUUAUUUUUAGAUAUUAUUGAGAUGCACAACAGAUUAAUGUCGUCAUUAAUGUUCGAAAUUUCGUUGAUUGAUGAGGUUAGAUUAGUAGAGGUAGUAGAGUGUACAUGGAACAACAAACUGGCGUUUUACAAUGAGAAUAUAUCAACAAACUACAUAAUAAUGAACCUCUGAUCUUGGCAGAUAUAGAAAGAAUUGUAGUGUGAUGACAAUGUUCGAAGCUGACGUUUCAAACGAAUCAAUAAGAAGAAAGUCAUACUUGAUGGCAAUUUGAUUAGAUAAGAUUUGAAACAAUUUACUAUUUGUGAGUUUCGAUAUUGAAUUGAAAUAGAUUGUCUUGCUCGGGUGAAAAAAGUUAAUGAUAUAUGAGGAACUAUAUUUUAGAAAAUUUUUGUCCAAUCUCCAUUGAAUUUUAAGCAAACUAAGCCGUAGUUCAAAAAGUUGAUACAACGUGUCAAUUGUUCAGAUUUAUAAAUUUGGUUGAGUUGAAAAACUAGCUAGAUAGUUCCUGAUGAACAUUAACUUCAAUUUUAUGGUAAACGGUUAGAGUUUCAGUUAUAUGAAUAAAAACCUUAAUGAUAGUGUUUUAAAAAUUUCAUGUCCACAAAAGUACGAACGUUUAAUAUUGCCAUCUACAAUCUUGAAAAUGUAAUAUUACUGUGAAGUAGUAAUGAAUGUAAAUAAUCAACACUUGAUCAUUCUACUAUUUUUGAUUAUUUCUUGCUAAACAAAACGCUUUGUUCAAUUUUCAUAAUAAACUGUGUUCAUGGUUGAGAAUAAUUCCAAAAUGUUAUUAUUAUUGAAUAGUAAAUUUCUAAUUAUUUUUAUAAUCAAAUAUACUAGAAAUAAACAGUGAUGAUUAUCAUUAUAAUAUAUUAACAUUGUUAUACUGGUUUAUAAUAAUUAAUUACAUGUGUAUAAUCAACUUUUGUACAUACGUGUAAAAUGUCAGUGUCUGUCAUAUAUAAAUGUCAUAAAUAAUCGUGCAGUAUUUGAAAAUUUAACGUUAUCAUUUACUGAAGAAGUGGGUUUCGAAAUGAAAACUGAUUUCUCAAAAUCUAUGUUUUUAGUGUUGAAUUUGAAUGAAAAAAAUGAAUGAAUUUAAUCUAUGUGUAUCAAUGUAAUACUGAUAUCAAUUUUUAUAUAUGCUAUUCAAUUUUACUGUGUCAAAUUUAUUUUUAUCUCUAAAGUCUGUUACUUUAGUUUGGAAGAUUGAAGACAAAAUAAGAAGAAAAAGGAGAUUGAAGAAUAAUAAAGAAUAUCUACCACAAAGAAGUGAGAAGAAAGCUAAAAGAGUUUAACAAGAAAAAAGAAGCAGAUAUAGAAUGAGAAUAACAAAAAAUAUUAUAGAAUAUGUAAGAAGAAGAAUAUAUGUAGAAAGAAGAAUAGAAAAUGAAUAAAUAAAAGAAAUUUGAAGAAUAAGAAGAAAAAAAAUAAUAUUGGUUCAUAACUCCUUUAUAUAGUCUUUCAGAAGGUUUGAACAGAUAGAUUGCAUAUUCCCCUUUAAAUUUUUCCCUCAAUUUUGUUCAUAGCAUCUCAGUCUGUUAUUUACUGGACGGUAAAGGUGUUAUCCUUCUCGAAUGUAAUACAAUAUUCUCAAGUAAUCUGUUAUUUCUUAUUGGAACUAGACUUUCAUAAAAAUACUAAUUUAUUAAACUUGUUUAGAAAAUAAGAUAAUAGUCCAGUUCUCAAGAAUUAAGAAAAUGUUGGAAUUAGCUGUGUUUAAGGUUCGAACUUUUGACGUGUAGCGAUAUUUAUAGACUUUUAAAUUAUAAAAUUGAUAAAUUUAAAUUCAGCUGGUCUGUCAAUUUGGAUAAAUAUUUUAAUAAUUAAAGUGGUUAGGAAAUUGAACAAAUUGAAUCAUUAAUGUAUUUUAUGUAGAGCUAAACGCUGAACUGCUCUUUAGUUAGGAAACGGAACUCUGUAGUUUGAGUUUAACAUUAAUUGCAGUCGAUCUUACAUGAACUAACCUAACUAUAGUAGGUUUUAAUGUUUUUUGUUUGAAAACAUUACAUUCAGACUAUUCUCCAGUAUCUGAAAGUACUGUAUUUUAAUAGAUUUAAUUUGCUGAUCUACAUAUUCUCAUAAAGUCUGAGAUCCUGAGACUUAUGCAUGAUGCUCAAUGCUACAAAGAUACUAGGUUGAAUAAACUCAUUUUCAACUGAAUUUUAACGCAAAAUUUGUUAAUUAAAUUUCAUGCCAACUUGAAAGAUUCAAGUUCAAUAAAGUUACUUCAUGUACCGUUAGAGUUACUAUUUCAACUUUCCUAAGUUGGCUAUAAUGAGAUUUAUCUAAUUUGCGAAUAACUUUUCUCAUAAUGUUGCUUGUUAUUUAUAAUUAUUAUGUAAAACUGUUACAAAAUAUUGAUUAAUCUAGUUUAGCCGCUAUAGAAUUGGUUAUAUAUUAUUGAUAUUGUAUUAUAACUAUAUUAUUAGAACUAUUGAAAUUUUGAAUUGACUAUUCCUUAUAAUUUUCCUAUAACAAUCCAAGAUUUUGAAAAUAAUACGGAUUAUAGGCUUGGAUUGUGAUAUGAAAUGUUGAUAUUUUUUUUAAUCAAUAAAGUAGUUUCUGUAUACAUUGUCUUACGUUAUUAUUUCAUGAAUACUUGUUUAACAUUGGAGCACGUUUAAUUUAUAUUAUGUUGCAUUUCUCAGCUGUCUAUUAUAGUGUAAUUGAGUAGAGAUUUUAUUAUAUAUCUUAUUUGAUAAAUUUAUUAUAAUGUUCUAGAACUGUACUCUGGAGUGUGUAUGGCUUCACAUUGAAUUAUUAUCAAUAGAUGUGAUCCGCAAUUAAUAUUUAUAUUACGCUUUGAAACGUUUUUAAAUUUUCAAUAUAUUUUACAUAGUAGUUUUAAGCUUUUGAAUCGUUCUUCCAGCAAAUUUUGCAUUCUAUUUUAGGUUUAACACGAAUUUCAUUGGUUACAAUCAGUUUAAAUUAUUAGGUUCUUUCCAAACGUAUAAAGUUAUAAUUAUUAUAUAGAAUAUAGUUUUAUAAAGUGAAGGUCUUAGGCCGUAGUUAUUAGCUCUAUCAUCCUAAUAAUCUGUAAAAUUUCUACUGGAUAAAUGCCAUAAAGAUGUGAGAACUAAAUAUUCAUAAAUUGAUUUUUAAAGAUGGUUAUCAAUCAAUCAAUUCCAAAAAAAUGGUUCCCAUCUAUAUUUCAUUGGUUGAAAUAUAAUACAAUGGAAUAUCUGUCACAGUAUUCAAGUAAAAAGGUAGGAUAUUGAAGUGUUUUGGAAGAAGUUGAAAGGAUUUAUGGUCAGUAUUUAGGUUUGACAAUAAAUUCAAAGUUGAACCUUGAAGAACCCUGAUUUCUUUGUACAAUAAUGUCCUCAAUAAUCUUGUAACAAUUUAUUGUUCCCAACAUUUUUUCAAUCAACCAAUUUUCUUGUAAUGGAACAAACUGUGUGAAACUUGGCUAAAAUCCUAUUUAUUUAAGUCUGUUAUGUAGCUUGUAGUUGAACUGAAAUAUAACUGUGUCCGAUUUUAAAAUUCUCUUUCAUUGUGGCUAAUCUCAAGCAUGAAGUUCUAAAGAUAUAGUUUGUAAAUAACAAAAAGUUUCAGAGACGAUAAUAAAUAUCUACGUUUCUGGUUUCAGAUUACGAGUACUAAUAUUGUUUCAAGUGAAUAGUAAUAUUGUUAAUGAACAACGCACAAGUCGUUGAAAUAAAUAUUUUUGUACAUACAAAACAAAUAAUAGGCAAUGAGUGUGCUUUCCAUAUGUCUUCAGGGAAUAUCUGAAUUUUUAUUGGAUUUCAAUCGUAAUGAUUAAUGUUUUGUUGAUUUUUAUCAUUUGCGGUAAGUUUAUUCAUCCUAAUAAACAAUUUUAACGCAUUUUAGCUUCUUUUCUAUAUUUUUUCGAUUAUCAUUUACUGUACUGUAUUUGAUCAUUUAAAUCAAUAUUGCAGUUUACUUAUUCAAUUAUGUAUGAUUUAUUGUAUAUACCUAUCUAUGACAUUUUGUUAACUGUAUGUUUUUUAAAAUACAUAAAUAAUAUUUAAUUCUAAAAACAA